GUUCAUUACCUCUCUCGGGAGCAGAUGCGACAUGCCAUCGAGGACACGGGUGCGCACUUCUCCAGCGAGCUGGAGGAGUGCACAGAGCUGUAUGAAGGUCGGAAUCCCGACCUGUUCGGUGCCACGGAGGCCCUGAAGACGGAGCUGGAACUCGAGGAAGAUGCCAUGAUGGUUUCCUGGGUAAAGUUGGCGCCUAUCUCUCUCGAGUUGGGCCUACCAGGAGCCCUGAGGUGGAUGCAGCGGGUGCAGCCCCACAUUCUGCUCUUCUGCCCCAUGCUCAACCGU